UUGACUCUAGACCGGUGUAGUGAACGGACGUGUUCAUUUUGAAAUCUCCGCUAGACGAGCGCGCGCGCCAGAUCGUCAAAACAAAACAGAAGCGGGUCAAUUUGUACGGUGAUCAAUUGUUGAUUUCGGCGGGGGGAUAGAAGCAAGCGAGUGUGCGUUUCGUGAGUAGCGCGAUGGUGUAGUAGGGUUUAAAUGUCGUGACAUUAGAGACGCGAAGAAGCGAUCAAAUGUUUUGGACUUUGAUUGCGUCUUGUUGUCAACAACGGGGACAGCUCGAGUGAAUCAAAAUCGAAAUUGAAAACAAGCCAUUUGGACUCGUUGACCAUCGAUGAUGCGUACCGUGACGCUUCUGAUGUUGCAGAUAGCGGCGACGCUAAUUCGAUCCAGCUCGUCCCAAAAUGCCGGCCUUUUGGCUGGCGAACCGAUCCAUCAUGACUUGAUGAAAGCCAUUGAAGUUCCUUUACGAGAUGAGGAACACAUCACGUUCGGGACGGGUGUCGAUGGAUUCCCGGCUUUUGUUCUCUUUCGCGGCCAUGAUGUCAAAAUUCCCUACAAAGUUCUACUUCCGGACAAGCUCUAUUCCGACUUUUCUAUUCUCGUCACAAUCAAGCCUGAUAACAAUGAAGGUGGUUAUCUGUUUGCUGUGGUUGACCCUCUGGAAACCCUGGUCCAGUUUGGUCUACGAAUCAGUCCUGGAGGUCCUAAACAGAGUGAAAUCUCUCUGUACCACACCCAUCCAGAAGAUCGUUUUGUUUCAAAGGUAUUGGCCAAAUUUCUCGUUCCAUCUUUCGCCAAGAAAUGGACGCGAUUCGCGUUUCGUGUGCUGGACAGCGGCCUAGGCGUUCCCAACGUGACGCUCUUCUUCAACUGCGUCGAGUACGGCAGUAUCGUCAUCUCUAGCGUGCCGUGGAAGGAGCAGCUAACCUUUGACACAGCAUCGACUCUCUAUAUAGGCCAAGCUGGAGGCCUCAUCCUACCUCCUGGAGAGUUUGUGGGCACCAUCCAGGAACUGAAAUUGACGAACGAGCCCAGUUUAGCCGGCGUCCAAUGCGAAGACAUCAUUCCGUUUUCUGGCGAUGGUUCCGGUGAUUUCGAUCUCGACGAUUCCCUGGUGAACAAUUUUGACGUGGAUUCGGAAACGGAUGGGGAAGAUCCGGACAUCGGAUCGGGCCUAGAAUCUUCAUCGGUUGACAAGAAUUCACCAUCUUCAACAGCCGGACUACUCGAUCCAUCUCAACCGCUUCCGCCGUGUUCACCACCUCAUCCGCCUCCCCCUCCACCCGUGUCGCCCGAUGUUGUCGGAAUUGUGCGAGAAAUGCACGGAAUGCAGAACGGAUUCCGUUGCAGCGAAAAGGGCGAGCCGGGCGAACGCGGAGAAAAGGGCGAAAAGGGAGACGCCGACCGGGGCGGACCAGUUUGUGGGUGCAACGAAACUUCCAUCAUCGCCAAAUUGGCCGAACAAGUCAAACAGGGCGAGCCUGGACCACCGGGCGUUGACGGCAAGCCUGGCAUGACGGGCAUUCCGGGCGCCCAAGGCUCAGUCGGACCUACAGGACCUGCAGGCCCAGCUGGAGAUAAAGGAGAACGCGGAGAUGCCGGCCCAAUUGGCAAGGAAGGACAGUCUGGUCCGAAAGGCGAGCCAGGCCGUGAUGGACUUCCAGGAAUUCCUGGCAACCCAGGGCUGCCAGGACCACCGGGUGUGGCUAGCGGACCUCUCAUUCUUGAAGACGGAUUUGGUUCGGGUUACGGAGCUUUAGGCCGACCAGGAAGCCCAGGCCCUAAAGGUGACGCCGGAAUGAGUGGAAAACCUGGGCCGAGAGGCGAACGAGGAGAUCCAGGUCCUAAAGGCGAACGUGGCGGUAAAGGAGAAACUGGCAACGAUGGAGAACGGGGACAUCCUGGGAAGGAUGGAACUCCUGGAACCAAAGGCGAUCAGGGAUCUUCAGGUCUCGAUGGGAUGCCCGGACUGCCAGGAGAAAACGGACGACCCGGAGCCAAGGGUGAAGCUGGUGAACGCGGUCUGCCGGGACUUCCGGGUCCUCCGGGUCCUUCUAGUCCAAUGCAACUGGACGACUUGGACGUGGGAUCAGGUGGGGGCCCGCUAUUGGGCUCGUCGAAAUGGCCCAAAGGAAUGAAAGGAGAUGCCGGCGAUAAAGGCGAUCGAGGACCACAGGGCAUUACAGGUCCCGUUGGUCCGAAAGGCGAUGCUGGAGAACCGGGAAUGCCAGGACCUAAAGGCGACAUCGGACCUGCGGGCCCGGCAGGUCCCGUCGGACCACCUGGACCUACUACGGUUAUCUCGAACGAGCCAGGGAUGAAAGGCGAUCAAGGAGAACGUGGCAAAAGAGGCAAACCUGGUCCGCCAGGUCCUCCGGGUCCUGCUGGAGCUAACGGUGAAAUCGGUAUCCCCGGCUACCAGGGUCGUAUUGGUCGCCCAGGUCCAAUGGGUCCACCCGGCCUACCGGGAGCUAAAGGCGAACCAUGUACAUCUAGUGGAUUUCUCAGCAGUUCACCAGGACCGAAAGGUGAUGCUGGAACACCCGGCAGACCUGGAACUCCAGGAACCAACGGCCGUGACGGACAACCAGGACCCCCAGGUCCACCUGGUCCCGUCAGUUCUCCAUCGUUUCAUCAUCAAACUGCUCAUCCUAUCCCUGGUCCUCCAGGACCUCCUGGGCCACCGGGACCACCGGGACCUCCAAGUGGUUCGUCUAGACCAGGCUCGAAAAACCGCGGAGCUUUUCACGAACUCCGCAGUUUCGUCAACUUCAACCAACCAGGAACGUCGCAAGGUGAUGAGAAUCAGAAAACGGUGGUGCCGGGAGCCAUCACCGUCACCAACAUGGAAGCUCUUUUCAAGAUAUCUGACAUCAGCCCCGUCGGAACCAUCGCUUACCUCUACGAAGAGGAGAGUCUUCUAGUCCGCGUCCGUAAAGGCUGGCAGUAUAUCUCUAUGGGGAAUUUUGUUCCGUUGCCGGCGCUCACGACGACUUCAAUUGCGCCGCCGACCACAUUGAAACCGACGGCGCCCAGCGCUUUGGACAAUCUGCUUCCGAGAAUCGCCGAAGGGCCUAGCUUGAGAUUGGUGGCACUUAAUGAACCCCUUUCCGGAGACAUGGGUGGCAUCCAGCGCGUGGAUUAUGCGUGCUUCCGACAAGCUCGUCAAGCAGGACUCAAAGGAACGUUCCGGGCCUUUUUAGCUUCGCGUGUUCAAAAUCUUGACACGAUCGUGCGAUCAUCCGACCGUGAAUAUCCAGUCGUCAACCUGAGGGGAGAAGUGUUAUUCCGCACUUGGAACGAUUUGUUCCGCGGCGGGAGGGCCGGCGAAUUCGCUUCUGCUCGUCAGCAGCGACACGACAUUUACAGUUUUAAUAAUCGCAACAUUUUCAACGACAUUGUCUGGCCGCAGAAGGUGGUCUGGCAUGGAGCCGGACCGGGUGGCGAACGCCAACUCGACUCGUACUGCGAAGCUUGGACAUCCAGCGACGCCAAAGUCCUCGGAGUGGCCGCUUCGCUCAUCGGCAGUUCGCCAGCGCAACAGCAGCAGCAAGUUCACGCUGGCAAAUUGUUGGCCCAGGACAAAUUCUCGUGUCAAAAUCGAUUCGUCGUCCUGUGCAUCGAAGCCACCAGCCAAGGCGUCGGCAGUUCACGAAUGAAACGAACGCCAGAGCACAUCAUCUCCGAGGAACAUUAUCAAGCCCAUAUUCAGUCCCUUUUUUGAACGCUAUUAUUAGGUAACAUUGGUUUGUUUUUCUUUUGUUUUGUUUUAACAGACGACAUUUUUAGUGUCUGAAAAUUGGAUUUUUUUUUUUAAAGCCUCAUUCGGCAGCUGAUCGUAUCCUUGCAUAUUUGCCCCCCUUUUUUUUCCUUUGCCUCUUGUGCAGCUUUUUCCUUGGAAGCAAAACAACAAAGUAAUGUUUGUUAUUUUUAUAUAUUUUUGGAAAUCUUCCUCGUGGUGUGUGUUGCAUCAGUCACAAAAUGUGUUCUGCGUCCAAGUCUUUGAUACCACAUCAGAAAGAUUAUUGACUUCCCCCUUCUUUUUUUUUAAAUGGUUGUAAACUAACACAAUCAUCGUCUCUACAACAUAUCUAUCACGCUUCAGUCUCUGGCUUUGCGUAAACCCCCCUUAAUUAUAUUAUCAACUCUUUCAGUUUACCCCCAUUUUUUUUUUAUAUAUAUAUAUAUAUCUAAUCAAUUUGCUAUGAUUUAAUUUGUUGACGAAAAAGAAGUAAUUUUGGGUUUUCGAUUCCAAAUGUUUGUGUGAAAGAAACCGGCAUUUAGAUGGUCAGAGAAUUGAUUUGAGUGUAGUCAAAGAUCCCGCUCGCACUUUGUGUUCUUGCGUGUCGUGUGUACUAACUUUUACCCCCGUCGUACGGUGAAAUUAGCCAGGCCCCCUCCAUGAUCAGCUGUUUCGAAAAUUGCGACAACCUUAACAAUCUAUUUCGACACACGAUGCUAAUGCCGAUUGGCCGGCGUAAGGGCUGGGAAAGGAGAAAAGAAUUUCGGAAGUAGACGAGUGCAGAAAAUUACAACUCGUCAAGGAAAAAAAAAAAAAAGAAAAGAAAGGGAAAUUUACUUGUUCUCUCUGCUGUAAUUCUUUUUUUUGUGUGUGUGUGUGUGGUGGUUUGGCGAUGGAGGCGGCCAUCGCUUCAUACACCCAACCGACCAUCAUUACAUGUGAAUCGUCACUGGGAAAGAGAGUAUAUGGUCUUUUUACUUUUAUUUUUCAUUGUUUUCUUUUCUGAUUGUUAUCAUUAUCUCCCUUUUUUUCCUUGCUGAAAUCUGUACAUUUCUACAUGGGAACUUUACAUGUCUUGCCAAAGGCAACAAGCCCAUUAUUAUUAUCACUUUUUGUGUUCUUUGUAAUCAUAACUGGCCAGAGCUUGUUGAAAUACAUUUUUGCUGAUUGUCCAUA